UUAUUACACACUUACACUUUUAUAAUCCCAGAACAUCAUAUACUGCUAAUAUAAGAUUCUCCCAAGGACUGCUGGAUUGUAAAAGUAUUUUGCUUGAAGUUUUGGCAAAGCAACUAAGCAAGGCAGGUCUGCUAAGAUGGAGAAGCAAGAAGAUCGAAGGCCUCAUCGUUUGGUUCUGGUACUAUUUCCACUACAAGGCCACACCACUCCAAUGCUUCAGCUUGGGAGUCUUCUCUAUUCCAGGGGCUUUUCCAUUACAAUAGCACACACUAGCUUCAACCCACCUAAUCCAAUUAACCAUCCUCAUUUCCACUUUCUACUCUUACCAGACAAAACACAUUAUUCUCUCAACUCAGGUACACCUAAGAUUAAAGACUUAGAGAGUAUCAACCUCAAUUGCCAAGCACCACUGAAGGAGUUCUUGGAACUCCAGAAACAGAGGACCUAUAGUCAGGUGGCCGGAGUUAUACAUGAUUCCCUCAUGUACUUUGCAGCAGCUGUUGCUAAUGAUUAUAAGAUUCCGAGCCUUGUCCUGAGGACUAGCAGUGCUGCUUUUGCCCAAACAUAUGUCGCCCUGCCUCGCCUCCUAGCAGAAGGUUCCCUUGUUUUUGAAGAUUCUAUGUUGCAUGAGCUAGUACCUCAGCUUAAUCCCUUGAGGUUUAAGGAUCUACCAGUAUCUCGGGAAAACAUGGAAGUCACUCUAAAACUUAUGGAUAUUUUAAGAAACUCCAAAAGCUCUUCAGCUCUGAUUAUUAACACCUUAGAUUGCUUUGAGCAAUUACCUCUGUUCCAGCUUCGGCAGCACUUCCAAGUUCCUAUAUUUGGAAUAGGCCCCCUAUCGAGAAUGGCAUCAGCUUCAUCCACUAGUUUUCUGGAAGAGGAGGCAAGCUGCAUUGCAUGGCUGAAUACUCAAGCCCCUAAAUCUGUUCUUUAUAUAAGCAAAGGGAGUCUGGCAAUGAGUGAUGAGAAAGAGUUGAGGGAGAUAGCUUGGGGACUGGUGAACAGCGAGCAACCAUUUUUAUGGGUGGUUCGACCUGGAUCAGUCAGUGGCUCGGACUGGACUGAAUCACUGCCACAAGGUUUCAUAGAACAUGUUGGAGAAAGAGGUUUGAUCGUAAAGUGGGCACCACAAAAGGAGGUAUUAGCACACUGUGCAGUGGGAGGCUUCUGGACUCAUUGUGGCUGGAAUUCAGUCAUGGAGAGUCUUUCUGAAGGGGUCCCUAUGAUAUGUAGUCCGCAGUUUUUUGACCAGAAGGUGAAUGCAAGGUACAUUACGCACACAUGGAAAGUUGGCUUGGAAUUGGAGGGUGAACUGGAGAGAGGGGAUAUAGAGAGGUCCAUAAGGAAAUUAGUGGCAGGGACAGAAGGGGUUGAAAUAAGGCAGAGAGCCAUCGAAUGGAAGCAAAUGAUUGAUGUCUCUAUACUUGAGGGAGGUUCUACUUACAAUGCACUGAAUGACUUGACAGAGUUCCUCUUGACUAAUAAGAUUUUACCAAAUUAAAUGGUCUUGAGGGUUAUUGCUAUGGAAGAAGAAGCAAGUUGUGAUUAAAAUAUCUUAUUACACAUUUUAAAAAAUUCUUAUCUAUCACACCAAUCUUCCUAUGUAACCAAGAACUCCGAUGUACAAGGCCUUAGCUCUACGUUAUAAAGUGGUUGUUACCACAGUUCAGAUGAA